CGCCGCGGUCACGUCACGCGCGUGCGCCCUCCGCGUGCCCUCAACGGCGCGGAGGACGUUAGCCCUUUCGGCGUGGUGGUUUCCUUAGAGACAGAGUCGGCCCGGGUGGCGGCCACCCAGACACCACGGCGGUGAGACUCCUGAAGAGGUCAACAUGCCGGCCAGGGACAAGAGGAAAGGCAAGAACAAAGGCAAAGACAAGGACAAAAAUGCCACUAUCAUCCUCUACAGGAAAGUAUCGAAAACAGAAGACCAAGUGAUUGAACGAGCCAAGGCCAAUGCCUCUCUCUGGGAGGCCAGAUUGGAAGUCACAGAACUCUCUAGGAUUGAGUAUCGUGAUACUUCCCGAAGACUGGCAAAAAAUAAUGAAGACUUAAAGAAACAGCAGUAUAAACUGGAAAAAGACACUAUGUCUGUAUUAAGCUACUUGAAGAAGCAGGAUCAGGAGAAAGAUAAUAUGAUAGAAAAACUGAAACAGAAAUUGGUUGAAACAAAGGAAAAAGCCAAAGAAGAGAAGGAAAAAUUGGAACAAAAGUAUAUUGUACAAAUACACGAGUUGGAGGGACAGUUUUCUCAAAAAGCCAAAGAAAUUAGCAUGAUUCAGACAGAACUAAAGACAAUAAAGCAAUUCCAGAAGAGAAAAAUCCAAGUGGAAAAAGAAUUAGAGGAUCUGAAAGAAAAUCUAAGGAACUCAGAGAGAAAACACCAGGAGACACUUAGAAGACUAGAAAGCAGAUUUUUUGAAGAAAAGCACCGUCUGGAACAAGAGGCCGAGAAGAGGAUAGUAAUGCUGGCCGAGAGAGCGCACCAUGAAGCUGUGGUGCAAUUGAAUACUGCUGGGAGAAAUGUUUUUAAAGAGAACGUGUUUCUUCACAAGGCGCUUACAUACCACUUGAAGGAAGCUGAUAUACGACAGAAAAACUCCACGAAAUUGCAAGAAAGUCAUUCCUGCCUUUUACAUCAAAAGGAAAUCAAUGAGCUGUUGAUCAAGGAAAAGAUUAUGCAACUUACCCAGCAGAAAUCACAAAUCCAAACUCUUCAGAAGAAGGUGGUAAGCUUGGAGAAUGCCCUGACUUAUAUGACCACAGAGUUUGAGGCUGAAAUCCUGAAACUGCAGCAAAAGGCCGCGAUCGAGAAUCAAGCAGGUCAUGUAGAAAUUGACAAGCUGCAGCAGCUCCUUCAGAUGAAGGACAGGGAAAUGAACCGCGUGAAGAAGCUGGCUAAGAACAUACUGGACGAGAGGUCGGAAGUGGAACAGUUCUUCCUGGAUGCUCUGUCCCAGGUGAAACAGCAGAUUCUGGUCAACAGGAAGCAUUACAAGCAGAUAGCACAAGCUGCCUUCAAUUUAAAAAUGCGAACAGCGUGUGCGGGAAGAACGGAAUAUCCCAGAAUCAGGACCUUUGAUGGCAAAGAACACAGUACCAAUAGCGUGCAUCAGGAUCUCAUGGAGGCUGAAAAAUGGCCAACUACUCAAAAACCUGUGGAUAUUGGAGACUUGACCUGGGAGCAAAAGGAGAAAGUCCUAAGACUGCUCUUCGCAAGAAUGAACGGUUUCGCUGCCAGGAAAUACAAUCAGAGUUCUAAGCCUCCUGUUCCAGACCACAUCAUUCCUGACAGUGGAGAAGUGAAAGAAACCGGGGAAGAAAUCAACCUUCCAGAUCAAACCUUCAUCACCCAGCAAGCUCCAGUGUCAGACUCCAGUAAAGUGAUGUCACCCAGCGUUAUUUCUAAAGAAUUACCGGACUCUGACAUAGAGCCCGAGAAACAGAGCAGACAAGACUCCAUAACAGAUUCCAGCCAAUCCUUUAUGUAAUCUUGCUCUGAAUGUGUUCAAGAAAGUUUCUCAAAGGAAAGAAAAUUCCACCUCCAAAGUUACCUGUUUGCCAUAGAAAUUGGUGUCUCCCCUGAAGGACGAUCGAGAGCCGGUGAAGGAAAACAUUGGCAGAGGCACUGGAAUGGGGACAUUGACGCCCACCUAGAGAGAAGAGACGCACAUCACCAACUGUCGGAAGGCUCCAACCAGUGUCCACGUAGAUAGAAGACAAAGACAACAGAGCCCCCCCUCCCUGUUUUAUUUUUUUCUUUGGAUGUUAGACUUUGCUUAGUUUGGGUUUUUUGGAAGCAGCGAUUUUAAGUAGCCAUCUUGUACCUGUGCUCCACCCUAAGUACUCUUCUUCCUGAGGAAGGACUGGGGAAUUAUGGGCAAUUAAAGGUGCAGUCUUGAAACAA